AUCAGUGCCAGUGGGAGGAGUUGUCGACUGCAGUAAUGGCAGAAUACAGUCUUUGUGAUAUAGAGCAAUCCGACUUUAACUUAACUUUAGAGGACAAUUGUCGAAUAUCCUUUCUAGUGAGAGGUCUUACCAAGUCCUCGGGUCCUGUUGUAAAAGGUUUCCUCCAACACAUGAGAUCCUUCCCUCCCUUUCAGGCUCCAAGUAGUUUGAAAGGGACCAGCAAUCACGACACACUCCGUUUAAGAUUCCUUCCUGAUCUUCCUCACUCUCUCCUCCAAGACAGCAAGGGAUCCCCCGGCUCUCAUUCCCUCACCUGUGGGGGCAGUAAGAGGUUGUUUGGCUAUUUUGGAGUUGCUUUCUGCCAUGAUCCUGACGACUUUAUUGAAGCAGAAUCAAACUAUAAGAAAGAGAUAGAGAGAGUCUCUCACCACUUGAUCACUAACAAGUGUCUCGUUUUUGGUGACAAUGAAGAACUCAAGUCUUCUCUCAAAGGGCACGAUUCUUUUGUUUUAGUUCCUUUUAAGAAAACCGACCAGAUUUCCUCCUCCUCCUCUCAGAAACUCCUUGAGAUUGUCUCUCACUCUGUGAUAGUGGUACAUUCCAACCUUACUGUCUCCAUAACAACCGAACAGCUGCUCAAGAAGGCUGGCUCCCUGGACCAUCAGAAUGAGACUGGGAUAUUAUCUGAAGAGCAACAAAAACAUCAAGAGGCUAGAUCCCUAAAGGUUAAGGCCGACCUGUUUCUAUUAAUGGGGCAAUACUCCUUAGCAGCUGUUGCUUAUAGAGAAGCAUUGGGAUCACUAAGGCAGUUGAAGGAUCAUUAUUGGGCUGGACUGUCUCUUGAAGGUCUUCUAAGCUCAAGAUUGCUCUCCUCUAUCCAAUGCACUAACCUCCUCCCAUUGACAGAGUCUGGCUACCACACCUCAAACAAGGAGACUCCAGCCAGUAAGGAUGAUAAGGCCACCGCCAGUGAUGGGUCACCAGCAGUGCCUGUAUCAGAUGAUGUUGCUGAUCAUAACGUUAAUCUUGUUUCUGAUUUCACUGAAUCAACUGAUGGCCACAGCACCAGUACUGACUCCAUUGAUAAAGAAUUCCAAACACUCUUGAACUAUUAUGACAAAACUGUACCAAUUGGUAGACUAUUGUAUAUAGAGGUAGCUCUUAAAUACUCCUCCUACUUGAUACAGAUAAAGAGUUAUUCAAAAGCUUGUCAUGUUCUGGAAGAUAUCACAGGAAUUGAUAUACCUGACGCACGGAUCAAGUUUUCCCUGUACCUCUCUAUGGGUCUAUUGUACCAUAAGAUGGGCUUUGAGCGCAAGACAAUGUUCAUGAUAGUGUCAGCUGCUAGAACAGCUGCUAAGAUCAGCUCAAAUAAUGACAAUGAACUCAAGCUAAAGUCGUAUCACCUCCUCCAGUAUUGUAUAUCUCAGUUCCACACUGCAACUGAUAAUGAACAAUGUCCUCAGGUGUCUAGUGGUUGGCCGUUACUCCAGUCAACUAUCAUCAGGGAAUACACUUACUGCUGCACUGAACUGGGAUACAAGGAACUGUUUUUUGAGUGGAGCUGGUUAUUAUUACAAAAGUUCUUUUCCUAUCUCUCCUCUGAAGAUGUUGAUAAAAUCAAGACUUGUGUUGAAGAGAUGACCGGUGGUGAUACUCUGAUAUCAGCUCCUUUCUCUCUCACCUCUAUACCUUGUAUCACUCAGCUCAAACCACAGCCGCUAGCUGAGCUGCUACAAGUUAAGAAAUCUCUCACUCUCUUUCCUUCUCUUUUAUCAAAGUCUGAUUCAUCAGAAGGCCCAUUCCUCCUCUCAAUGAUUGGGAGGAAGACGAUAAAGAAGAACCAGCAACAAGAGGUCCUUUGGGUCCAGGGGGAUCCAGCUGAAGUACUUAUGAUAGUUAGCAAUCCACUACCUACUGAGAUUAAAGUUGAAAAAAUGACCAUAUUACUGGAAGGUGGUUUUGUAGUGACGUAUCCUUCAAAUAUUUCUUUACCAGCAAAAUGUGAAUCACAAGAAUUUGUAUUAUUGUGUAUACCUCAAGAGGCUUGUACACUGUCAAUAGCAGGUUACACUGCUUGUAUCCUUGGGCUCAGCAACAGUUCCAGUUCCACUCAAACUGACUCCAUUAUUAAAGUGAUCCCUUCCCUCCCUCAGCUGAGAGUGAGGGCGUUCCCCCAAGACGAGGGUACAACCCCCAGCAGUAAGAGGAACAGCACCACUAGUCUGGGGAGCACUGCUAAGAGGAGGAGCAUCACUAAUCUUAAUAACUUUGAACUGCUCGAUGGAGAACAGUAUGAGUGUCUGCUCCAGUUUCAAAGUAUUGGAGAUGUUGCUAUUGAUUGUAUUAAGAUGACACUAGAGGAACAUAAUGUUGAGUAUUGUCAUUUCUCGUGGGACGAUGAUAAAUUCAAUUCCUUGUUUCCCCUCACUGAGAAGAACAAGCCUUACCACUUCCCAGUCAAAGUCUCCUCCUCCUUCCCAAGCUACCUUCGAGUUGGGAGCUGUAAGGUUCUUCAUCAUCGCUCUCGUAUCAACUCUCUCUUUAGUCCCACCCAUAAACCAGACCUGGGUUUAAACAAGUCUAAGACAUUAAAUGUACCGCGGCCGACCAGUAUCACUAGCAGUGGCGGGUCUAGCAGUGAAAGGAGCAGCAAUACUUCAUCGCUACUCUCUUCCCCGAUAAGAUUAAUGAGGAGGGAGGGGUCACUGAGGAGGGAGGGAUCACUGAGACGCUCUCCUAAAAAAGAGAAAGAAGUAAAGAAAUCAGAGCUACUUGAGUCUCUCGACCUCCAGCAAAGAGGAUCUAGUUUACCCCCUUCCCUCCCUCCUGUGGCCCCGCCCCUUCAUAAGAGGAGUGGCAGUAAUACAGGACUCAAGAUUGUUAAUGAAGGGGGUGGGGAUGGGGGUGGAGCUGAGGUGAAAGACCAUCAGCUGAAAAGAAGAUUUGAUUUUACUCGUCGGUCUCCAUCUUUAAUGAAGAAAGAAAAGAAGCCAGCAAACUCACCUAAGACUAAGUCAAAAACUUUAGUCGACUCGCUAAAUUUAGAAACACGGAAAGUAUCGCCACAAAUAGACCACACCUCCAUACAUGUGAGUGACAGCCCCAGGGACCCUCUUGACCACACCCCUAAGGAGGAUGUAACUCAUACCCCCAGUGAGGGUAACGCCCCUAACCCUGCCCCAUCAGUGGAGGACCAGUGGUCGGUUAGAAGUGAGGUUGAUGUUGAUUUUGAUGGUUCAAUUAGUGACAGGGCAUCCAUUAAAUCGGACCCUGGGAUUGACAUAUUACCAGUCCCCUUCACAGGGGGCCCCUCUUCACUCUCUAACUCACCAAGGGGUACAUCGACCACACCCUCUGGCCCCUCCUCCUUUAGACUUUCAACAUUAAUGAAGAAACGUCCAGCUGGUCCUCAAGCUAGUUUACCAGUUGGGGUCUCAUCAACUUCAAGAAUAAUUCAAACGACCCGUGCACCAACAGUCCCUUUCAUAUCUGGGCCAACAAAAGCUGAGAAGCUGCGCCAUCGCCCGGGGAAGAAGACAAUAAAGACAGUCUUUAUGAUGAAGUAUACGGGGGGAGAGGGGGCCAAAGAGGGGUACUAUAGGGAAGUCACUAUGGAGCUAUCGUCUGUUGUGAAACCAACACUUAUGUUUGAUGAAUUUGUUGUCACACCAGUGAAAGGUCAACCAGAUUUGUUUAAUUUUGGUAUGGUGAUGGAAAAUUUCUCCCCUUAUGCAUUAGAUAUUACAAUAAAAAUAAAACAAGAUGGCUUAUCUCCAAAUACAUUUACUUAUACUUUGGAUGCCGACAGAAAUGAAACAAUUUCUGUUUCAAUGAAAAGGUUUACAUUACCUGACAAAGACACAUCAAUUAAAGAGGCUAAUGUCAUUAAACAUUACUGUGAGCGUUUGGUUGAUUUAUUGGAAAUAAAAUGGGUCUCAAGAGGCUAUGUUGUUAAAAAUGGCGCUCUAUCCCUGACUGGCCUCCAGCUGCCUCAGUCUGUCCUUUCUAUCAUGAGACCAUUGCCAAUACUCUUUGAUGUGAGGAUUGAGACUCCAUCAUAUUCUCCAGGGGUUCCUGUCACUAUUGGAAUCAAAGUCACCAACAACACCAGUGGGGCUCUUCCUUCAUCUCUGAUCACUCUCUCUCCGUUCUUUCUAAGUCCAAAAGGUCAAAAGGUCGACUGCUCUAAGAAACACUACAUGAUAAACUCACAGUCUCUCUCCCACUGGAUACCCAAAAUUGAUCAUGAUGGCUCUUAUACUUUCUCCCUCCAUAUUGUGUUCCUUUAUUCCAAAGAAUACUUUAUAGAUAUUGUUCACCAUAUCACUGAACUCCAGACUAACAACAAAGAGACUAGUAGUAGCACUUCUACUGAUAAUAAUAUGACUCCAGUCACCUCAGGAGGAGAAACUGUAGACAAUGAAAGAACUAGUAAUAACAAGGAGACUGCAUUGCUACCAUCUCCAGGAGUUAUUGAGCAACAGAAACAAGCACCUCCUCAAGUUGCUGUAGUCUCAUCUCUUCUUCCUGUAAUGACUAUUCCUUCACAACCUGAGGCUAGCACUGAUACUAGCAGUCCUCCUGGUUCACUGGUUGAUAGUACCUGCAGUGCACAGUCAAGGAGCCAGAGGCACUGGAGUAAUACCAAUAGGACUAAAGGAUUCAUUCAGAACUCUAGGUCUUACAUUGGACCACAAUUAACAAUAACUAUAAAUUAAAAUUAGAAUUAAAUAAAGAAUACCUUUUAAAAGUGUGAUCUACCACUUCCUUGUAUCUUUUAUGUUUCUGUUUUAUUAUAUUA